GGCCGUCGGCGCCGCCGCUGCCCGCAUGAAGCACUCGUUGUACGAUGUCCAGAAGAAGGCGGAGGAGGGGGAGCAGGUGCCGCCCCCUCUGCAGCCGCCGCCUCCGAGGCCCAGCAAAGCAUGUCUGUGGGCCCUGCUGAUGCUCUGCAUGGUCCUCAUGCUGACGCUGGCGGUUACGCUGGCCAUGAUCCUCGUCACCAGAGAUGGUCCGCUGUCACUCUGGGAGAAGACGGCGAGCAAAUCUGAGUCGAAGUCAGCCGCUGAAUGGAACGCGAAAACCACCAAGCACUCAGCGACCCACCCUCAAGUGACAGACACCGAGGCAGGCGCGGUGGUACCGACACCUAACGGUCGUAGCACAAAACACGUCGAGAAAGAGGACGCUGCGAUCGCCACGACCGAGUCGCCCUUGCGGCCGGUCAUUCCGCCGCCAUCCGUGAAGACGCCAACCGCGAAGGUUUGGGUCGACGUGAAAGAAGUUAUCUAUGUUUAUCCCCGACGACCGAAGCCCUCCUCGAGUGACAGUCUUAAUAAUGGCCAAACGAACACCGCUGCUCCCAAGGUGAAGAAGAAGCCAGACACUGUGGAUGCGUCUGCAAACCCGAACAAAACGAAGUCAGACGAUAAGGAAAAGCACCAGAAAGACGAAAACGACGAACUGUUUGCGCAGUUUUGGCCAAUUUUUACCGACAUGAUGGCGGAUGCCGGGAAGGAGGUCGGCUCAGUCCUCCGUCGCUUCUUGCCUGACCUCAACGCCGGCCAGACAAGUCGUCCGUCGCAGCCAAAGGCGUCCGGGACAUCCAGCAAGCCAGCAGCGCCGCCUAGCGCGGGGCCUCGCUCGCGCCCGGCUGCGGACGCCGGCACCCCCGACACCCGCCUCCCGCCCGAGUCUCAGACCCGCACGCCCCAGUCGCCGGUGGAGGGCAGAUCGGAGCCACACGCCGAGCCGCGCAGUCGACGCCACAGACGGGUACCGAACUGGAUCUACGGUGACGGCCAGGGCACCUUCGUCCAGACAUCCAGACGGACCUCGAGAGGCCGGUCUCGCACGUGGACGGUCGAGGACGUGAACCGAAACGGCCAGCAGGGUCGCACCGUUACGGACACGGGCGCCGUUCUGCUGCCGGAGCAGCGCAGCUCCACGCACACUCGUUUGGCGUUCGACGCGGCGGUCGGCGGCUGGCGCCCCGCCGCCUUCACCGAAAGCCCCGGCUGGAGCCCGCGCCUCCCCAGCCCGCGUGGUCUGCCCGCCCGAGGCGUCUUCCCUCGCAGCGCUGGCUUCCCAGGCCCGGGCUUGCCUGGUGGCGCCGGCGGUCUGCCACCAGCCCCGGACGCUUUCAGCGGCUUCGCCAUCCCCAGCGGCCCGGACGGCUUCGGUGGCGCCGCCGGUGGCCUGGGGGCGGAAGCUGACGCUAUCUUCGCAAACACUAGGCGGCGCCUCGAGGAGGUGCGGCGCCAGUUCCGCGGAAACGUGGGCGGCUUCACUGGGUUCCCCCGCUGGGGCCGCUGAGAAGAGGAAGGCCGCUGUAGAAGAAGAGUGCGCCUUUUGCUAAACCUGGUGCUGUGCUUGCGGCUUGAACAAAUGAGCUGGACGGGAGUGUAAAUCAUUAAUUAACUCGUUCAGACAUGCAGUCUUGCGAAAUUUGUAAUGCUUGCGGCUUGAACAAAUAAGCUGGACGGAACUGUAAAUCAUUAAUUAACUCGUUCAGACACGCAGUCUCGCGAAAUUGGUAAUACUUAAGGCGCGUGGAACGUGAGCUUUGGGGCUCACAGAUCUGAAGGCAUGGUCAAAGUUGACUGUUAUGAUCCUUGCAUAAACCGUACGUGGGUCUAUCUUCGGAACUGCACACACUCGCCAAUAUGACGCAUUCGGGCAGAAUGUAAACGUUGACGGAUUCUUGAAAUAAAGGGCCCU